AUGCCAACAGAGUCUCCGUCGACUGCGGCUGCAGACGCACUGUGCGCUGCCGGCGUGGACAGCCCCGCGGAGCCCAGCGCUCCCAAGCGAGGCGAAGUUCCCGUUCAGCCGACGUCAAGUUCGGACUCUUUACGUCAGCCUGGCCCUCCCGCGUCGGCCGAGGCUUCGACUGGCGUGUCUCGCCGCCAGAGGCUCUUCCCUCAGCAUGCGAAGGAUGCUGAACCCCCCGCGGACGCGCCGCCCCAGAAGCCUCGGGCGUGCGGGGUGUCGCGAAAGACGGGAUCUCCCGCGCACCGCUCGCCGCUCGCUGCGCUGACCUCGUUCGCGUUUGGAGCCCAGCACGCGUCGAGAAAGCAGACUGGAGGCGACCUGGAGGCGCCUGCGAGCUCGAUGGAGUCGUGUGGAAACUGCGGAUCCGGUUCCCUGAGGUCUCCAGGGAUAAUCAUGGAGAGCGUGGACGAAGAUGACGAGUUGGACGCCGGCGCAGGCAGCCUCAGCUUCACCUUCUCGUCGCAGUGGAACAGUCGUGAGGGUGGCAGCUCCUUUGUCUCCGAGCCGGUCCCUUGGCGGGUGAAGUGGGAGAACGCGCCUCGGACCGUCACGAGGCAGGGCGACGCGACCGUCGCGAGAGGAACCUACAACAUGGCGUCUCUGCGCAGCCCGCCAAUGAGUUGCAUCGUCUCGAUGGAGGAGAAGACCGUCCCGGUGACGGAGGAUUGGCACAGCGGGGAGGGAGUCGGCGUAGUGAAGGCAGCGGAGCCCCGCAAGAACUCCGGGCAGGGCGCAAAGGUUAUCCGCUUUCGAGAGGCCGACAGCGAAGUCUCCGCGCCGACCUUUUCCGAUCCGCCCUCGCUCAGUCACGACGUCGGCCAGCGAGAGUUGGACCUCGAGGACAGGCGCAGCAACGGCGAGGCCUUCGUCCCCAUGCGUUUUUUCGAAGGCGAAGAAGACGAAGAGGAGGAGGAAUCCAAAAGAGCGGUCGGGCGGAGCGAGACCGGCGACCCAGGCUGGCACGGCAUGCGCUGGCGAUGGCGGUCGAUGUGGCGCUUCGUAAAGGCCAUCAACAACGACGAGGCGACGAUGAAGCACGCCGCGGGACCGUACUGCCUUCUCCGGGGCUGCGACUUGAAGUGCUUUCCUCUCUCGUUCAAGGAACGGCGUGCGGAAUGCGAAUACCGAAACUUCAACGUUUGCCGCGUGCCGCUCCGCCUCGUGAUCAUGUUUCCGAUUCUCUGCGCGAUCUACGCUGUCAGCUACGGCACCUGUCGCCGGUUCUGUUCCGACUGCUACUUGGCUGCGCCCUUCGAGGGGGAACUUGUCGUGUCGAUUCUGCUCCUCACCGUCGCCACGCUCGGCGCGCAUUUGUACCUCCUCUACAACCAUCUGGAGCUGUUUGUUGUUCUCUCUCUCUGUCUCCUGUCGACGUAUCGCUCGGCGAUGCGCAUUGCCACGCUUGCGGGGGCGGUCCGCGAUCCCGCGGGCUUCCGCGUCAUUUUCCCGUACUACGGCAUCAAUGGCAUCCUCGAGAGCUUUCUCCUCUGCUUCACCAUCGUGACGUUUCUUGGCGUGAGAUUUGCGUACGCGCUGUGGGCGACGCUCUGCUUCCUCGCGUGCGCCGCGCCGAUCGCCAUUCUCUCGCUGCAUUUGUCCGUCCAGCUCGUCCAGGACCCGGAACGCGUCUGGUCCGACUGGGAAGCCCUCUUGCAUGUGCUUCCGUUUCUCCUCAUCAUCCUCAUGCUCGUCUCCGCCUACUACGAGGAAAGAAAAAAACGCAUUCUCUUCUGGAACCUCAGAACUGCGGAUUCGCGCUUGACGCUGCUGGAGCAUCAGGUUCAGCACAGACGCUACAAGCGCCAGGCGGUCAUGGGCACGCCGUUUGACUGCAUUUUGAGCAAUCUCUCAGAGGCUCUGGAGCAACUGAAGAAGCCGAAGGCCGUGGACCGGGAGGAGAUUUUCGCUGUGAUUCAGGAAUCUUUGAACAUGCUGACGACGUCUGAGAAUGUGUACCAAGUCCAGGCGGCGUACGUUGACAACGAUUUCACGCGCUCCUUCAUUCGCGACCUGCGCAUGCACAGUCGGGACGUCUCCGACUUCGCCGUCUCGCGGUUGAACACUCUCGCAACUCGCAGGCGCUCAGUUGCCUCAGGCAAAGCGGAGGCAUCUCGGACAGAGCUGCUGGAGGAUAUCGGGAACGCGUGGGACGCCAACAUGUUCAUGCUCAGGAUGAAGGUUUCGCGGCCUCUCGUCGAGGUUUGCCAUUUGUCCAUCUGCCUCCUCGAGAUGCUCCGUCUCCGAGAGUCGCUGGGUGACCUGGAGGAGGCGAGCCUUAUCAUCGCGACGCUGUGCCACGACAUAGCGCACCCCGGCAGAAACAACAAUUUUAUGGUGAACGCGAACACGCCUCUCGCUCUCACGUACAACGAUAUCUCCGUCCUCGAAAACAUGCAUGCGUCCCUCACCUUCAGGUUGCUCCGGGAUCCCCGACUGAACCUGCUGAACCACCUGCAACGUGAGGCCUACCGCUCGUUCCGGAUGACGGUGAUCGAGUUGAUUCUCUCUACAGACAUGAAGACCCAUUUCGAACAAAUCACGAACUUCCGAGUCAGAAGACAAAAGGAUGAAUUUGACCCGAUCAGCAAUUACGAUGAUAGACAAAAAGUUUUGUCCAUGAUCAUCAAGUCCGCCGACAUCGGCCACGGCACUCUGCCCUGGGCUGACCACGAACGCUGGUGCGAACUAGUCGUUCAGGAGUUCUACGAACAGGGGGAUGAGGAAAAGCGGAUGGGCCUGGCGGUGUCUUUCUUGUGUGAUCGAAACCAGCACGACACAGAGUUCUUCAAAUCCCAAGUCGGAUUCCUUGAUUUCGUUGUCAAACCGCUGUACGAGGAGCUCGCGGCACUUGAGACGCAGUUGAAUCUGAAUCCUGAGCUGCCGAUUGAGAAGAUUUGUUUGAAGAAUCUCCACGAGAACAUUUCGGAGUGGCAGAAGAAGGAUGCCGAGCGACAGGCGGUUCUCGGCGACAGUGGAGCCCCAGAAGAGACAGCCUAG